GCGCCGCGGAGCGAGAGCGGCUGCUCAGUAAAGAGCUAGCUAACAAGCUGCUUGAAAGCUUUUGGCUUUUCCCGUGGGUCCUUGGAGGGAGAUCUAUAGAGGCCAGAGGUUCUUUCAUCUCUGUAUCUCCAGCAACUAAAAGAGUGUGGUACCUAGACAAUAAAUGAGGGGUAUCCCUGAGGAGGCAGUCAAAAGAAAGUUGCCCAAAAUAGAGCAGUCUGAAGGUGGGGAUGGCGACAGCCUGGGGCACCAUUCCUUCCCUGGCUCCUGUGAACCCGAAGAAGGAGGGGCUUCGGGUGGUGAAGGCGGAUCACCUCUCUGCUCGGGAACAGGGAGUCAAGCUGCAGGGAAACGGCAGAGGCUUCGGGCAGGAGCCCUUGUGCAAGCAGUUCAGGCAGUUGCGCUAUGAAGAGACCACAGGACCUCGAGAGGCGCUGAGCCGGCUCCGGGAGCUCUGCCGACAAUGGCUACAGCCUGAGACCCACACCAAGGAGCAGAUCCUGGAGCUGCUGGUGCUGGAGCAGUUCCUGACCAUCCUGCCCGAGGAGCUCCAGGCCCGGUUGCGGGAGCAUCACCCAGAGAGCGGGGAAGACGCGGUGGUGUUCCUGGAGGAUUUGCAGCCGGAGCUGGGAGGAACAGGACAACAGGAGGACCCAAACCAGGCGAAGAAACAGGAAGUGCUCGUGGAGGAGACAGCGCCUGGAAAAGCCGAGCCGGAGCGGCAGGUCCAGCCUGAAGGUGACGUCCCACAGCCGGAGGGAGAGAAGGGUGAGGAGAAAAGGAUUGAGAAUGGGAAGUUGGUUGUAGAGACAGACUCCUGUGGAAGAGUGGAAUCAUCUGGGAAACCAUCUGAACCCAUGGAGGUUCAUUACAAGGACUCUAACUUGGAUAGGCAGCAGGCUGAGCCCAAGGAGAAGACUCACUGUAAAUGCCCAGAAUGCGGGCAGGGGUUCAUCCAGCACUCAGACCUGAUUAAGCAUGAAAGUUCACACACGAAAGAAAAGCUCUGUGAAGCUGAAGUGUGUCAGAGUUCUAGUCUUCCUGGACAUCAGAAAAUCUGCUCUAGAGAAAAAGGUCAUCAGUGUCAUGAAUGUGGGAAAGCCUUUCAGAGAAGUUCACACCUUGUCAGACAUCAGAAAAUCCAUCUUGGUGAGAAGCCUUAUCAGUGCAAGGAGUGUGGAAAAGUCUUUAGCCAGAAUGCAGGCCUUUUGGAACAUCUCAGAAUCCAUACUGGAGAGAAACCUUAUCUAUGUAUCCACUGUGGAAAGAACUUUCGGCGCAGCUCCCACCUUAAUCGACACCAGAGAAUUCACAGUCAGGAGGAGCCCUGUCAGUGCAAAGAGUGUGGGAAAACCUUUAGUCAGGCCCUUCUCCUCACCCACCAUCAGAGAAUCCACAGCCACUCCAAAAGCCACCAGUGUAACGAGUGUGGAAAAGCCUUCAGUUUGACUUCAGACCUUAUUCGACACCACAGGAUUCACACUGGAGAAAAACCUUUCAAGUGUACUAUUUGCCAGAAAGCCUUCCGAUUGAACUCACAUCUCGCUCAGCAUGUGAGAAUCCACAAUGAGGAAAAACCCUACAAGUGUAAUGAAUGUGGAGAAGCCUUCAGGCAGAGGUCCGGUCUUUUUCAACAUCAGAGAUAUCACCACAAAGACAGACUGGCUUGAUGAAGUGUCCUCUCCUUAUGGACCAUCAGAGACAGUACGUUAAUAAGCAGCACUUCAGGAAAAGUCAUUCUAGCCAAUUCUGGCAGAGAACUUGGGGGCCAAGUUGAAGGCUUUCUGCCUGCACGCUUAUUUUCCUUGUAGUCAGCUUUGGGCCUCAAUAUUUUGACCCUAGAUGGUACUGUGGGAUCAAAGGUAAAAGCAUUCUUCGCUGCAGGACUUCUCAGAGCCUUUAAUAUGAUAAAUGUGUAGUUAUAUGUCUCCAAGUAGCAGAGAGCCUCAUGAUCAAGGGCUUGAAGUCAUCAAUGCGUCAAGUGUGUAUAGAUUUAUAGGUUUAAGCAGAAAAGAGGGUUGAUAUUUUUGCACAUGCUGCAGCAGCAGUCUCCUAUACCAAAAAAAAAAAAAAAAAUGACUUUGGAAUACCACACUGAAAGGUACCUUUAAAAAUUUUUUUUUUUUUUUUGCUGCAUUGCACAGCACAUGGGAUCUUAGUUCUCCGACCAGGAUCAAACCCAUGCCCCCUGCAUUGGGAGCGCAGACUUCCACUGGACUGCCAGGGAAGCCCCUCAAAGGUAUCUUAAAGCGCAGGUUAUUAAUGGUGAACUUUUUUCCCCACUGAUUUUACUACCCCAUUCCCUACCCCAAUCACCAGAAGCAUUUUGGAAAGCAAUGAUGAUUUAAUUUUACCAUUUCUCAGCCCCAUCCCUGCCGUAUAUAUCUCACUGAUUCAAAUUAGAAACUAAAGUUUUAUUUAGACUAUGGAAGAGAUUUGGUAAAUUAUUUGAAUGAACCAGGCUGAAUUAAUCCAAGUAGCAACUAUCUUACUUGAUAACUUCAGUGUUAGUAUAGUGGCUGCUGCAUAGAAACUUUGAUAAAUGUUUGGGGAAAGAAAUUGGAUUUUUUUUCCUUUAAUAUUGAUGAUGUAAUUUUAAAAUGCUGUUUGUUCUGGAAUUUUGAAAGUCAAGUAAUAAAAUCAGCUUGGAAGAGAU